AUGUAUGAUGAAUUUGUGGACUUAUUGGCGUCAAACCCUUCCACUCAUUGUCUAGUUGCUAAUGGCGAUUCAUUCACGGAGAAGUGGAUUGAGUCUGCGACCAAUCAAAUCAAAGACGUACUCCAGAAUUUUGCUGAUAUGAGUGAAAUUUUAGAAAUGAAAGAAUGUGCCGAUGAAGAGGCUAUUGCUUUUGCAAGGUGUAUUCUUGAAUGUGUGCAAGGAGUAUAUAUCGGAAAGAAUUCAAACAAAAUCUUUCUCUUCGUGACUCCCUUACUCUUGUUUAAAACAAUGAUUGAAGAUGGCCUCUAUGCAGAUCUUACACACACGAUUCUCGUUUCUCUAGGCUGGCAGUUAGCAUACUUGGACGAACCCAAGCUUGGAUGCGAUUUGGCUCAAGUCGGUAUCAAAUCGGCACGCGAAAACCACGCAGCAGAACCCAAUUAUGCUCUCACCAAAUUCUUUGAAAUUUGCAUUACUGCAUGUAAAGAUGGUCUGCAGGAAGUGUUACGAGUUUCUGAAGAGGCAUUUAAAGCAUCUGAACAAAUUGAAGAAAUUUCUUGGGGAGCUCAAAGCGGAGCAUGGCUAGCUCUUUCGUGUAUUUUACUUGGUUUAGAUCGAGACACAACGAAUAACUAUUUGGAGGAAGUUAAAACCUUCAAUAGAAAGUACUCUAAAGAAUUUGAGAGCGAUUUGGUAACGUGUCUAGAGCACAUUCCUAAUAUUUUAUAUGGUGAAGUGGAAUCGUUUUCUCCUUCGUUUUUACUUGAAGGAAUUGAAGAAACCACUUAUUCAAGAUUGAUCAUUUACUUUACAAAGGCGUUAAUACAUUUUGUCAAAGACGAAUUACAAGAGGCAGCAGAACAAAUUCAUGAGGCUGACGACGUCAUUGAUGAUGCGUUUGGAACGCCGUUUUAUUUACUUUACAAGUGGUUUUCAAUACUUAUAUUGACCUCAUUUUACGAAAAAUAUGAUGACAUUUCAGCAACCAAAGGUAAUCAAAAGAAGUCAAAACUCUCAAUAAUGGAAGUCAUGCUGGGACCAAAUGCAAAAGCUCCAAAAACCAUGAAAGAAAAAACAUUGGAGAGAAUUUUUGAACACGAAAAGGACGUCAUUGAUCUCUACGCCAAGUAUCCAGUGUUUAUGGAGGCUGCCAUGGGAUUAACAUCAGCAGAAAUCGCCAAGUUGAAUGGAGUGGACUCACUUCAAGUCAUACAGCUUUAUACAUCAGCGUCUGAAAUUGCUCAGCGUCAAAAUCUUCACUUCUAUACAGCCCUUAUCCAAACACGACUGGUCGAUUUUUGUUUAACUCACCAGACAGAUUCUAGGAUUUUACGAAACUAUUUUGAGGAUGCUCUUAAAACAUGGAAUUAUUGUGGUGCAAGUUUGAUGGUAAAUAAGCUGUCAGAACAAUACCAGAUUGUUUUUUCGCAACGACACUCAGAUGCUCACUCCUUACAUCCUCAAGAUUCUUUUAUGAGUUUCAUACCUCCUGAUUCGAUAGAGUUGUCAAAUGUUUUUUCUCAACAAGCAACACAUUUAUUAGAGUUUACUAAUGCCGAUCGAGUUUGUGUGAUUUUGAAGGAGC